UUAUGGGAUAAUUUAAACCAGAUCAAACUAUAGAACAAGGAACACUGUAUUUAUUAGAGUACUAAUCCCUUUUUUAUUAAAACGCUUUAAUUAAUCUCAAUCAGCUUUCUAGCUACACUGUCUCUUGUUUCAGCUCCUUCUUUACUUUGCCGUUUAUAAAUCACACACACACAAUCUUUGAGUAAGGCAUAACAACAAACACUUGAAGUGCAAAAACUGUUAGCUAUGGCGAUGAUGAUGGUUGAUGAAACCAUCCCAGAUUUUGAUUAUUAUGGUAGUUUAAGCACACCCACUACAACAACAACCUCCUCUUCUUCUGAUGAUGGUUGUACAUGGAAUGACUGGUCGCCGGUUUUCGAUUGGGAUGCGUUUUCUGGUGGUGAUAAUUUCCAAGAUCUAAUUGAAUCUAUGAUCCAGGGGAACAAUUCCGCCUCAGGAGGGAUAUCUGCUAAUUACUUUUACAACUCCGAGGAUUCUGCUGGGAUCAUGAUGGAGGAAGAAGAAUCAGGAGACUCUAAUAGCAACCAAUCGGAAGAUAUCAACGGGCUGAAGCUUGUACACCUCCUCAUGGCGGCAGCCGAGGCGUUAACCGGCGUGAACAAAAGCCGUGAGUUGGCUCGAGUGAUAUUGGUUCGGCUCAAGGAAUUGGCGUCCCCAAACGGCGCCACCAAUAUGGAGAGAUUGGCCGCGCAUUUCACUGACGCCUUGCAGGCGUUGCUCGACGGCUCCUCUUCAGGAAACUUGCACGCUAAGCACAUGUUUUCCCCAAAUUACAAGGAUGACCAGCAUCAGGGAGAUGUUCUAGCAGCUUUUCAGCUAUUGCAGGACAUGUCUCCUUUUGUUAAGUUUGGGCAUUUCACAGCAAAUCAAGCUAUAUUGGAAUCUGUGGCCCAUGAUAGGAGAGUCCAUAUUGUGGACUACGAUAUAAUGGAAGGAAUUCAAUGGGCCUCCUUAAUGCAGGCAUUGGUCUCCAGGAAAGAUGGACCCCCAACUCCCCACCUUCGGAUCACAGCAUUGUCAAGGAGUGGCAGCGGCCGUCGCUCUUUCGGGACGGUCCAAGAGACCGGCCGUCGGUUAACAGCUUUCGCUGCAUCCAUCUGUCAGCCAUUUUCGUUUCAUCACUGCAGAUUGGACUCGGACGCAAUAUUUAAGCCAACAAAUCUCAAGUUGGUUAAAGGAGAAGCUCUAAUUAUAAAUUGCAUGCUUCACUUGCCUCAUUUUAGCUAUCGGGCCUCGGAUUCAGUGGCUUCGUUCUUAUCCGGAUCCAAGACCCUGAAUCCAAGACUCGUGACCCUAGUCGAAGAGGAAUUAAGGCCCAUAGGAGAAGAGGAAGGGUUCGUGGUUCGGUUCAUGGACACUUUACACCACUACUCAGCACUCUUUGAUUCUCUUGAGGCGGGAUUCCCUUUGCAAAGUCGAGCUCGGGCAUUGGUGGAGCGAGUAUUCCUUGGGCCUCGAAUAACCGGGUCAUUGGCCCGGAUCUACCGGACCCGAGGAGAGGACGAAAGGUUCUCAUGGGGGGAGUGGUUGGGUGCAGUGGGGUUCAAUGAGAGUAAUAUAAGCUUUGCAAAUCAUUGUCAAGCAAAGUUGUUGUUGGGGCUAUUCAAUGAUGGGUAUAUGGUGGAGGAAAUUGGGACCAAUAAGCUGGUUUUAGGAUGGAAGUCCCGGCGCCUACUUUCUGCUUCUAUUUGGACCACAAUGGAUUCUGACUUUUAAUAACAAAAUGUAUAUUAUUCUUGUAAGUGUGACCCCCCAACCCCACCCCAAGUUUUUAUCUACUAAUGCGUGUAUUGUUUAAGUCCUUUUCUGUUGGUGUUAUUUUGGUUUAAAACUAUUGUUUUUGUGAGGCUUUUCUUCGAUUCCUAUGCCAAGUUGCUACUAUGAAUAUUGUUUAGUCC